AUGGGAGCUUUGCAGCCGCAGCAAAUUGCAAAAGUGAUGAUGACACCGGACAAAAAUCUAAUUUCUCAUUUUGGCAAUUUUCCUCCAGUAGAAGUUGACCUGCAAGGAGGGGAGUUAAUUGAUGUAAAACAGUACGAAGAAGUAGAUGAAGAAGAUGGAUGCUUGGUACAGGUCAGUGAGUAUCAUAUAUUAUCUGCUGACAAGACAGAAGAAAUAACAAAAAAAUGUCGGCGAAAGCUGAAAAUUGAGUGCAAUCAAGUGUCCAAAAGAACGGAAACUGUGAAUGGGCAAGAAGCCAAAGUGCAACAGACAACUCAGCGUAUUAUCGGAGAUUUGAAAGGGUUUCGUCCAGCAACUAUUACUGGUGACACUGAUCAGAUGAUGAUUGAAGAUGACGAACAGGACAUGAGGCUCGACGUAGUUUUUGCUCAAACUCAGGAACGUUUUAUGAAUAUGCUAUCCGAGCAAAGGAACCAAUUAAUAGCGAUGUUUCCGGAUCUAUUCUCUGAGAUGCGCACCGAAUCUCAGUUAUUGCCACCAGUUUCCACUGAAGUUGAAAAGAUUGUCAAUCCUGAUGGCAGUGUAACAACAAGAAUCCAUUCUUCAAGAGCUUACAGUUCUCGUAUUUCGAAACAGGAGAUGUACAUCAAUGGCGUAAAACAAGCGGAAAAAAGUAAAAUACGGGCGUUUAUGGAAUAUAAAGGUCCAGAAGGUGGGUUUGUUGUGAAUCUAAGCGAUAAUUUGGAGGAUGAAUUGUCGGAGGAAGAAGCAGAGGAAAAGUCUGAAGAGGUUUCACAAAUAUCUGAAAUUCCCGAAGACUCGAGUUCCGAUGUUACUUCUGUAUCACACGAUGCAGCCUUGAAGGCUAAAGCUGAUAAAGCAAAGAGACGACUCGAGAAGGCCUGGCAUGCCGCUAAGGAGUUAGUUGAUUCUGAGCAACGUUAUGUUGAGAAGUUGAGACUUCUCAGCGAGGUUUUUCGAAGACGUGUGGUCGAAGAAAGAGUGGUGGAAAACAAAAAAGUCCCUCUUCUGUUUGCCAACGUUGAUAGUAUUUAUCAGUUUCAUGAAAACCAUUUGUUACCGGCUCUUAUGGAAAGCUGCCGUGAUUGGCAUUCAACUCAUAGAAUAAGCAACGUACUACGGAAGCGUGCACCGUUUUUGAAAAUGUACUCCGAAUACACGAAUAACUAUAAAACUGCAUUACAAAUGUUCACUGAAUGUUUGCGGAAGAAGAGAAAAUUCGCCAAAAUCGUGUCAGAAAUUGAGCGAACUCCUGAAUGCGAAAACUUGUCUUUACAAACACAUUUGAUAUGUCCCGUUCAACGGGUAAUGCGUUAUCAGCUUCUUCUUCAGGAAUACAAAAAGCAUUUAACUCCAACUGACCCUGAUUACGAUGAUACUGAAAACGCUUUAUCACUGGUCUUGGAUGCUGCAGGCCAUUCUAAUGAGAUGAUGAAAAAACUGGAUCGUUAUAAAAAUGUAUUGGAAAUUCAAGAACAACUAGGAAAUACUGUAUCGCUUGUUUCACCAAGUCGUGAGCUAAUAAAGGAAGGAAAAAUUUAUAAGGUAUCUUCGAAUUCUGAUCGUAGUGAGGAAAGGCAGCUUUUUUUGUUCAAUGACUUAUUGGUUGUUGCGUCAGAGAGAACUAUUCCAGGGUUUGGUAAAUACAAACUUCGUGCACUGUUUGAUGCGCUACUUACACAGGUUUGUGAAGGCGAUGAUCUUGAGCGUGAAAACUCUUUUUAUAUUCGAGGCUCUGAUAGUCGAACGGGUCCAUCAAGGUGCAUAGAGCUAUUCGCUAAGACUGAUGUGGAAAAGCUGGAAUGGAUAGAGGCAAUUUGGAGUGUAAUAAGUGAUAGUGUUUCGCGCAAAGAUUCGUUUGGUAAUACAAGCCGGACGUCACAAGAGACGGCAAAUGUGAGCCGUAUAUGCACUAAAUGUGGCGCUGACUUCACGCUUUUCAACCGUGGGACCAGCUGUGUAAGGUGUCGUAGGCGAUAUUGCAAUAAAUGUUUUGGAAAGUACCGUAAAAUGAGCAGUAAACGUCGGUUUUGCGAACUCUGCAUUUCGCGACAUUCUCGUCGUCAUAGAGGAACUGAGAAUAAGGUUCAGACAAGAGUCGAUCCCUUAGCUAUACGUGCAGACGCUGGCGAUAUUCUUUAUGCAAGUCACGUUACAUUUAGAGGUUCUCAGAAUAAGCCAAUGAAAAGAUAUUUUGUAGUACGGAAAGAUUUCUGCUUAUACUCUUACAAAACCGAAGAUGUAAGUUUGAUGAAGUAUAUCAUAAUUGUUUGUGCUGAACUUUUACUAGGAGAGUGUCAAGAGGAUCGGGCUUUAGCGAUGCUACCUCUUCCCGGGUGUGAAGUUAAAAUGAGCGGAGAAAAGUUAACAUUUACCAUAAAGCAUGGCGAACGGCAAUAUUCGAUUACUGUUGGAGAUGAAAACACACAAAUUCGGUGGAUGGCAGUUCUUGAUCUCACUGCAAAUGCUGCUUUGCAAGUAAGGAAAUCUAGGUUGUGA